CGGUUUGUUAUACCGGCUGUUGCUACAGAGGCUGUGCUCAGCUUACGCCAGUAUACACGUAGCUUUAGUAGUGGGGAGAGUGGCGAGUGCGGCGGCCCACCUUGAGAGUGGGCAGGUUCAGCGGUUGAUCCCGUCUGCGCCUCCGCGCUCCGCGCGCCGCACUCGGUCCUCUCGCGCCAGUCGAGCGCGCGCUUACGCAUCAUCAUGGCCGGUACAGCGUGGCGAUGUGUGUGUUUGACGUUGUUUAUUGUGACGGCGGAGGCCGUUCUCUCGGGGUUGUAUAUCGACAACGGGAUCGAUCAGACCGUGAUCGAGCAUGCGAUGACGCGGGACGAGCGGAUGGUGGUGGAGCAUGAGAUUCUGGAUCUGCUGGGGCUGGGCGAGCGGCCGCGGCGAACGCGCGCUGCGGCGCUGGACCGCUCGGCGCCCAGCUUCCUACUGGACGUGUACAAGCAGCUAGCUGAAGAGCACGAACAAGCGCGCCCAACGCGGAGCUCCGAGAUGGCUCUCAGCGCCGACGAACAUCAUGCCAUAGACGAAAGUGAUCUCAUAAUGACGUUCCAGAGUAAAAAGCAUCACUUGGGCGCGCUGCGGCAUGAGCACGGCCGGCACGUGUGGUUCGAGGUGGCGGGCGCGCCGCCUUCCGCCGCGCUGCUCUCCGCCGAGUUGCGCUUACACCAAGCUCCGGCGCACACCGACGACCCCACAGCUCUGUACACGGUCGUCGCGCAUCGGGUCAUCAGCGUCAACAGCUUGGGAAAUCUACAAUUAGAGAAGGUAGCGGCAGUGAACACAAGCGCGUCGUCAGAGGGCUGGUUGGAACUGAACGUAACGGAGGCGCUCAGCGCGUGGUUAACCGCCCCCGCCGACAAUAGAGGGUUUUUCAUUACCAUCCACCCGCACUCGCAGCCAGAACGUCACAUGAAACCAGAGGAAAUCGGGCUUGAGGAGCCUAGAGGAGCUAUAGUGGAGGGCAAGCAGCCCUUCCUCGUGGCUUUCUUUAAGAGCGGACCCAAGUUGAGCGCUGCAGACGCCAGCGGGCGACGGAAGCGCGAGGCGCGGCGGUGGCGGAAUACGGGCUCUUCGGAGAAUUACCUGAGAAACCCCCUCACAGAUACAUCACACUGGACAACUCGAAGUUGUGAAAUUCAAACCCUGUACGUCAGUUUCAAGGAUUUAGAAUGGCAGGAUUGGAUUAUCGCACCCGAUGGUUACGGUGCUUUCUAUUGCAGUGGAGAGUGCAACUUCCCCCUAAACGCACAUAAAAACGCCACCAACCAUGCCAUAGUGCAGACAUUGGUACACCUGUUGAACCCCACACAGGUGCCGAAACCGUCGUGUGCGCCGAUCAAGCUUUCGCCUAUAUCUGUUCUGUACUACACCGAUGAUGCCAACGUGAUCCUGCGCAAGUACAAGAAUAUGGUCGUAAAGAGUUGCGGCUGCCAUUAACUCUUUAAACGUGCAUUGCGCAUACAACAUUUUCUUAAUGUCUAGGAUAAUGUCUCGUUCUAUUCGCAAGGCCAGUGUAUGGCUACGUUGAAAAGGGUCAAAGUACCUAUAGUCUAUAGUCAAUCAGAAACGCUUUUUAUCUUCAUUAGAUCUUUAUGUUGUAAUAGAGGCAAAUUCGACUUACUGCAAUGACAUGGAUCAAUGUUGUUGUUUUUUUUAAAGUAUAAUCUAUUACGUUUGUCAGACAGCUUUGUCCUCUUCACAUGAGUGUUGGAUCUAAAAUUAACUUUCUUUUUCGAUCCAAAUGCAAACAUGUGUAUUGGAGUAUAGACAUUAGACAUAUCGUGUCGACGCAUAUCAAAUGUACACUGAAUUGACAAACUAGUCCUUUUUCAGUUAAGCAAUUUUUUUUGAGGUUCUGUACCGACGCGUGACAUUUUGAACCCUAUUAAUAAGCUUGCGCUGUCCGCCUGUCUGUCUGUUAGCGGAACAUAAAUUGCCUAUAGACAGACAGUUAAUUAUUUUUCAGAUUGUGUUAUGUUAUGUAUGGAUGUUGUAAAUAAAUAAUACAAGUUAAAUAAAAUUUUAAAUUGACGGUUCAGAACAAAUUGUGAUUGUCUGAUAUUUUAAAGACAUGUAAGACAUGUCGUUUGGCGGGCUUUAGCUUACGUUCCGUGAUAGGCAGACAUAAUUUACACAGAACAUGUAUUUUUAUUGCGUGUUAUGCAAUGCAACCAACAAAAAAUAAAUAAAUAAUCAUGGGUGGCUAUAUAAGUAACGUAAGAUUUUAUGGGUUUUAUUAUAUCUAAGGUAUAGACCGGUUAAGCAACCUGGUCAAGCCUGAGUCGGCAAGGUCUUAUGAAAAAAACCGGACAAGUGCGAGUCGGACUCGCCCACCGAGGGUUCCAUACAAAUGUAACUUAUUUCUUAUUUUAUUUACAUUUUUUUAAUUUUUUACAAAUUAAUAGUUUAGAGAUUAUUCCCUGUACUUGUAGUGUAACCCCCUUAUUCAUAAAACUUUACGGGACUGAUUUAUAGUCCGACAAGAAAUUGUAGAAAAUUAUUGAGGGCGCCACUUCCUACAUAACUGUCACAUUUUUGACGUAAAAUGCUUAAACAUGGCAACAAUUUAGUAUGGAUUUUUUUUAGUUCUGUUUUAUUUAAUUUCUACAAUUUUAUGUCGCACUAUAGUUAAAUUUAUGUUAUCCCUUUCUUACAAAUACAUAAUACAAAAUGACAGAUAAAGACAAACGAUUCAUAGCUAAUUCAAGCCAGUAACUCGUUUAUGAAUAACACUAUAAGACGAUAUUACUUGCCAAAUUUCAUAGUUCAGGGGAGUUAGUACAGUCAACGGGAAGUACCUACCCAAUAAAUUUGAUUCCCUUGAGUGUCGAACUAUACAUUUUUUGCGGCAUAAACGGCCAUAUCUUUUAUUUUGCGUUAACUUGGAAGUUUGAUUUUCUGCAAAGGGUAAAGAUAAAGGGUCUUGACAGACAGACGGACGGACGGAUGAAUAACAAAGUGAUCCUAUAAGGUUUCCGUUUUUUACUUUUGAGGUAUGUAAAAAAAAAGUGUAAUGGCACGGUAUGCCGAAUAGCGGGGCUACCAUAAGUGAAAGUAGCAGCAAGUUUGAUAUGUGCGAUACAUAUGCGGAAACAAAAAUGUCCUUUUUUUUUUUGUUUUGACGCAGGGGUAAAUGCAUUUACGCAUCUCACCCCCGGGCUGGGGAAGCCCAUUGGGGGGUGGUAUGUGGGACUCGCUCCUCCCAUAACUUCCUCUGCUAGCCAGAGGAAGAGGAGGAGAAUACCCACUAACAUCCCCUGCGGCGUUUCCGUCUAUGCCGUUGAGGGGGGUGCAAUGGGGUCGCGAGCAUGUCGACCACGGCACCCCCCCGUAUGCGUAAGGGUAGGCCGUAAUAACAUAUACUAAUCUAUGAGGGUAGGUACUAAGGGUACGUGGCACUAAAUUAAUAUGCCGAAGUAUGCCCAAGUUAGGCUUAGAGAGACAUAUGCGUGGAUGAUAGUAUCCUACAGGGUAUGAUACGAGUAAUAGAGUUAUAGUGCCAAAUGAUCUUCAAGCCUAAAAUUUAAAUUCAACUUUUAACUUUAAUCUAAUAGUAAUUAAUUAGGUAAUAUUGUAAGUUGAUAAACUUAUUUACGUGCCAACCAAUUGAAGUCAUUUAUUUAAUAAUGUUUUAGGUAGCUCCUAUGUAGCAGUAAGUUAAUUGUAUUUUUUAUAGAUUUGCAAUAAAAUGUCUUCCUGAAAA